ACUCCGCGCGUUGACAGUUUAUUUUUUAAUUUCACUUUUUAAUCGUGCAAAGACUCUUUGUUUACAGCCAUGUGUUUGUGAGGAAUGCUAGUUAUUCACAACUGUUUUUUUUUUACUGUGUGCAAACAUUUUGCAGCAUUUAAAAUGGACGUGAAAAUACUGGUUUUCCCUUUCCUACUUUCGUUUGGUGGCUGUUCCAUCAUUAUCCCUGAAGAGCUGCCGUCUCUACUCUCCGUAGCGUAUUCUAAUAUUCCACCAAUCAAAAAAGGCACAGACUCGCGCGUGGGGUUCGGCUACGCUUUCGGCAACCAUGCCGACUUUCAAGUACUAUUCGAGUUCGGACCACAGACCAAUACUAACCCCAUUGGUCAGCCAUAUCCCACAAACACGAAGCGACAAGCCUCGGAGCCAGCCCCGGCUAAAGUCAACAAAAACCGGGAAAAGUUCCUGCAAUCAGACGCCGGCAAAUACCUCCAGAACUGGGCCCAAAAGAUGAAGAAACCUCAAAAGCCCCAACCAGAUAACACGAUGUACAGACCGAGGCCCGGAGAAGUCCCCAAUCUAGAAGAUUCCAUGGUGGAACUCGUCAAAAACGAGAAGGGAGAGUAUGAAAUACACCAGCCUUCUGGACAUUUACCGUCGAACAUUCUAGAAGAGCUGAGAAGGUUGUACGGUGAAAAGAAGGAAGAAGCUCAGAAUUUGUCGAAGAAUGAGGUUAAGAGAUCGAAAGAGGAGGUUAAAAGGAUCACUGAUGACCUUUCGAAUGUCGAUUUAGAUUAGGUUUAUUAAAUGAGUUGUGGGUUAUAGUAGACACAAUAAAAAGGCCAUAUUUGACCGUAACAAGACAUAAUCCAAUGUACAGUCAGCUGUAUAAGUAGCUGUACACUUUUGGACCUUGUCGAACCCACAAACUGCCUAUUAAAACAUUGUCAGUUUGUUAUGUACCUAGCUAGUUUGACAAGGCACAAAAAUGUAUAGCUACUUAUGCAGCUGACCGUACAUUUCAUAGGCAAACAGAAUGUUGAUAGGUUGGUACUUUUGAUGUGUAUUUUCGUGAACUCGAUUUUCAUAGUAAGUAAAUGCCAAUGUAAUAUCCUAUAUUCUUGAAUUAAAUUUGUCAUAAUAUAAGGAGAAACAAUAACUGAGUAAUGUCUCGAUGUAUUGUGAAUUGUGAGCAUAUAAAGUUAUCUUGUAAAUUGCCAUAAAUAAAACAUGAAUUACCUACUUAUGCUGCCCUAUAGGUAUCACAAUAAUAUAUAGGAAGGUAUUAAAUAUCACACCUAUUAAUAUCAUAUUACACUCACGGGCAAUGAAAAGGUUCCACUGAGAAAAACACACAUAUACCUACUCCUAAACGGGAAAAGAUAACUUUAUGACGUCUUCUGCAACAUUGAAGUUCAUUUAACGGACCAUCAGGAUAUAACCAACUAAACACAUAUGUGGUUCAAGUUUUAAAUAAUCGUUAGAAAAAAUUUGGGUCGUUUGGUGUCGGCUUUUUGUGAGUGGAACUAUUUCAUUGCCCGUGAGUGUAGUACUUAAAUUUAAAGAGGCUUUUAUAAAUGAUUAUAAUAUUUUUGUAGAGUUAGUACUUUUCCUAUUUUUGGCUAAACCGGUUUGCGUUUAUUAUUUUAUUUAAUAUAUAUUUUUUGUAGAUAUAGGUAGAUGCUAUAUAGAAAGUUGUUUCCUUUAGAUACUUUAAAAAACUUAUAAUGUAAAUAUUACAUAAAUUGAAUUUCAUACA